AUGAAGACGUCGAAACAGGCAAUAACAAAGACCAAUGUUUUCGUGGUCGGCUGGUACGGCGACAAUGGUCCCGACAACCCUUACAACUGGUCAUUCGGAAAAAAGCUCUGGGUUGCCAUGUUGCUGUUUGUGUACACAUUCUCUGUCUACAUUACUUCGUCCUUGUACACCUCCAGCACCCCUGAUAUCAUGGAGAUCUUUGGGUUGGGCAACAUUGUGGCUUCUCUGGGAUUGACCAUGUAUGUUCUGGGAUAUGGGCUAGGCCCGAUGCUUUUCUCGCCUCUGUCAGAGAUUCCGGCAGUGGGACGGACAUUCCCAUAUGUUACAACCUAUUUCGUUUUCGUCAUUCUUUACAUCCCAAUGGCGUUGGUCAAUAACAUUGCCGGCAUACUGGUGCUACGUUUCCUGCUUGGGUUCUUUGGAUCUCCCUGUCUCGCAACAGCUGGGGCUAGCUACGGCGACUUCUACGGCGCGACUCAGAUGCCAUACGUGAUUGUAUUAUGGGGUGGAGGAGCGACUCUGGGCCCAGCCCACUUGUCGCUGAAUUCGCGGUUGAAAAAAAUGGGCUGGUGCUGGAGCUCAUGGGAAGCACUUUGGCUGUCCGCUCCAACAAUGGUCGUAAUGUUCCUCUCAAUGCCCGAAACCUCAGCGGAUAACAUCCUCUACCGACGAGCACGACGCCUCCGCGCCCGAACUGGUCGCACUGACCUGAAGUCAGAAUCCGAAAUCCGUCAGUCUUUCCCACUUGUCUACGGCGAAAUGUACGGUUUCAACCUCGGUGAACAGGGUCUUGCAUUUCUUGCCGUACUUUGCGGCCUCGUUGCCGCAGUAGUGCUACUAUGCUGUUACUUUUACUUCAUCGCACCCCGCCAACUUGGCAAAUAUGACCCCGUCCCACCAGAAGCUCGCAUAUGGCCGGGCCUCUUCGCAACCUGGCUCAUUCCAAUCGGUCAAUAUAUCUUCGCGUGGACGGCAGACCCCGGUAUCCACUGGAUUGUCUGCCUCUUCGGUAUCGCCAUCAGUAUGUGCGGUGUUUUCAUCAUCACCCAGUGCAUGUUCAUUUACCUCCCAUUUACGUAUCCUCGAUACUCCGGAUCACUCUUUGCCGCGAACGGUUUCGCACGCAGUUUGUUGGCUGGUGCGUCUAUUCUAUUUACCCGACCUAUGUUCGACGGGAUUAAGGUCUCUGGUGGGGCCACGUUGCUGGCUAGUUUUAGUGUCCUUUGUAGCUUGGGCUUUUACGUCCUGUAUUAUUAUGGUGCGCGAUUAAGAGAGCAGAGUCGGUUCACUGGGAUGUAGUCG